AUGUUCCUCUCCAAACUUGGCACCGUUUGUACACGGAUGGAUCUUCGCGAGGCCAACAUUCCGGCAACCGUGUUCCACACUGUUGCAGCAAUCUUGGCUGUCUUUGCAAUGCUGUCCACCGAUUGGAUUCUCGUGGAGGAUAUGAGCACUAGAAAUGGGUCAAUUGAUAUUGAUGUGCUGCAGGCCGCUCAGAUCUACAUGAAGAAUGCGGAGCCUUGCCAUGCUAUUGGCUGUCACGAUUUCUGGGAAGCUAUCCGCUUCGGAGGAUACAUUGACGAGAACGGAAAGUCGCACAUCGCCUUCCACACCCCAUCCAGAGUCCUUGUCGAUUGCAUCACUCCAACCACUGCAAACUACUUCUACAUUCUCAUCGCUUUAUGCUUUGUGAUCUCUGCCACGUCUGCACUCUGCGCUACCAUGAGUCUUCUUCCGCCGCCGGCUCCAUUCCUUUCCUGGCUUCGUGCUAACUCGGUUCUAGAGAUGUCAAAUAUGAUGCUGACUCUCUGCUGCUGCACGUUUGCCAUUGUCGCUCAAACAGAUGUUUCCGACCAGCGUCCCGAUGACAUUGUUGCGAUUGGCGCGGGAGUCUUUCUUGUGUGCAUCUCGGGACUCCUCUCCUUCCUUGCUGCCAUGGCUAGCAUUCGUCAGAGCAAUCGCAAGACCCGUAUGCGUCGCAUCGACAACCAACGUCUUUUAUGUGCUCGCUCGCUCCGUUCGUGGCGAGAUGCUGGACGCCGUCCGGAUGAUGUUCGCCCGAUUGUCGACUUUGAGAGAUAUCUCGAUGAAUGCACCGAAUUGGAGCAGGCAGCAUCUCAAACGGCUCAAACAGAAUCCACAUCCAACCCAGCCGUCUAA